CUGGCCGACACUAGUAAAUAGAGUCCGUCAUUCUGUGUCCGGAACGUGCGUAGCAGCACCGCUCAUUGUAGAAGAUGAGUCCAAAAAGGAGCAUAGCGGAAGAAUAAAGGUGUAGGAGUGGACGCGCGUUCAACAUUCUAGAAGGACACUGACAAGCCUCCGCCACAAUCUGUACCGGUAACAUCUCCCUAGAUACAGCAGCCACUAUGCUUUUCCAACUCACCCUAGCCGGUCUCUUAACAGUCGCCGCCGCCAGCCCGGUCGCCGCCCCGGUCACCCCGGUCCGCCGCCAAGCUGCCACCCUCUGCGACCAGUACGGCUACUACGCGGCCAACGGCUACGAGUUCAACAACAACAACUGGGGCAAAGGGGCCGCCAGCUCGGGCAGCCAGUGCACGACGGUGCAAAGCACGUCCAGCUCGGGCGUCAGCUGGAGCACCAACUGGAACUGGCAGGGCGGCCAGAACAACGUCAAGAGCUAUGCGAAUGCAGGAAAGCAGUUCGCAAAGGGCCUUGUCAUUGCCAAUAUCAAGAGCAUGCCCACCAACAUCCAGUGGGACUACCAGCCCAGAGACAUCCGCGCAAACGUCGCGUAUGAUGUGUUCACUGCUGCGGACCCGAACCACGACAAGAGCAGUGGUGACUACGAACUUAUGAUCUGGCUUGCACGCAUUGGCGGCGUUUACCCUAUCGGCAAUAAGGUCACGACUGUCAACGUCGCGGGGUACAGCUGGGACCUGUAUGUCGGACCCAACGGCUCGAUGAAGGUGUUCAGCUUCAUUCCCUCGGACGGCUCCUGGAAGCUGUCUUUCAAUGCCGAUGUCAAGCAGUUCUUCAACUACCUUGCACAGAACCAGGGUUAUCCCAUCAACAACCAGAACUUGAUUGUUUUCCAGCAGGGCACUGAGCCUUUCACAGGGGCGGCUAAGUACACGGUCAACAGCUACAGCGCCAGCAUCAACGUUUGAUCAACGACAUGAUGGUAAGCAGGCUAGCCCAUGCAAUCAUCGCUGUGGCAUGUGGCUUGGUAACGCGGCGGUAGAGACACGCGAGCAGCAUUCUUGGAACUUCUCCCCUGUACAUAUUUGUCCCAGCAAUCUAGCGU